CCUGUGUCGGUAAUCGCUUAGGGCAAUAAACAUUUAUAUUUCUUAGUUGUUUUUGAUGUGUUGGUUUUUCGUGUUUUUGUAUCAAUAUUAAAUAUUUAUAAAACAAAAACUAUGCGAUUCAUACCUUUAGCUUAAUUUAUAAUUUCUUUAUCAAAGGUAAGAAAUGUUUCGUUCUGCAAGGGACGUUGGUAGUGUAGGGCCAACAAAAAGCAGAACCGAGCGAAUACAGGGUGAACUUGAAGAGUAUGGGUGCGAUUUGUGCGAUGUCGGAGGCUGGGCGAGUGAGACCGACGUGGAACUCCACAAAACGAAGAUGCAUUUUAAGCGUUCAUUCGUCAGUGCGCUUCGGAAAAGGGAUGACUAUUGCUGUAUAUGCAUAAAGCAGUUUCCGAGUAAAGAAUCUAUAAUAAAACACAUAAAAACCGAGCAUCUCCUGAGCACAGAAACAUGUUUGCGAGUUGAACGAGAGAUUUUUGUUUGUGAGACAUGCACUGCUAUAUUUUUUAAUAAGCAAAACCUCAUAAUUCAUAUAAGAUACGCACACCUGGAUAAGACUAACAUAAAGGUUGUGAAAUGCGUGCUAUGCCACAGGAAAAUCCAGGCAAGAAAUAUAUCUGCACAUUUUUACAUGCACAAUAUACAGAGUGUUUCAACUUGCCGAAUAUGUCUGAACAAGUGCGUGAACACUAAGGCGUUAAACAAACAUUUAAAAACACAUCCGUAUCACUUGAAAUGUGACAUGUGUCUUUUUGAGACGAACAGACUCGAGGCAUUCCAAAACCAUGUCCUUCUCAGCCACAAGAAAGCUGCUAAAACUAAGGCAAUGGAAACUGACACUGAUAACGCAUUAACCACUGAUAAAGAUUUAACGACAGUUGAUAAGAAUUUAAUGACAGCUGAUGAAAAAUUCACAGCAGCCAGUGAUUUAAUGUACAUUGAAGUAGCUGGUAAUGAAAAUGAUGUUUUAAACAAUGAUAUGGAUUUAAUAACUGUGAUUGAGAUCAGCGAUAACGAUCCACUGACAGACACUCUAAUGACAGACUGUGAAAAUGAAAGCGCCCAGAAACCAAUCAAAACAGAAUUAUUAAUCAAUACAGAUUUAAUAUCAGGCAUAGAAGAAGAACCGAUACAAAAUACUGUUAUCGUUGAAGAAGUAUUAACAGAUACUGAUUCGUUGACAGAUGAAUUAGCAAAAGCUGAUAAAGUUGUGAAUAACGAUGCGGAUGAUUUUAAAAAGUACUUCAUACCGAAGACGCCUGCUUAUUUGAGACUGCAAAGAGUUGCUGGGAUUAGAGGGAUAAGAUUAUCCAACAACGUCCACGUGUGCAUAUUGUGUAGGGAGAUAUGUGUUUGUGCCGAGGAAAUGGUUUUGCACGUGGAAGAACACAAGUUGAGGAGCGAGAAGAAGAUAAGCACAUAUCAGUGCUCGUGCGGAGAAGAUUUCACCAACAAAGUUCUCUUGAAGCAUCAUGCGUUCAAAAAUAAACAUGCUAUAGAUGCAAAGUGAUGAUAAUUUCAAAAUUAGAAUGACGACGCGACGAUACUCGUGGUGCGGAGUUUUUCGAAAUUCGAUAUCGAAUGUCCUCAUCAAUUCAACAAUGUAUAAAGAUUUGGUCGCUCGCAAUCGAGGAGUCGAUUUCGUAUAUCGAACUAUACCGUCAAAGUAAAACGUACCUUAUCCACUGCUGCUGCAAUGUGGAUACUAAAUGUGAUUACUUCACUUUUAGAGUAUAAUAUAAUAAGUUUGUUAGCGCCCUACCGACAAAGACGAGUC